GAAAAUCAUGUGACAGAAGGUCAAGGCCAAACAUCAUCUGGUCAUAGAGUCAAAGGAAUCUGGUUGUAAAAAGCAAGAUGAAGUGUCCAAUUUGUGGCCCAAAGUUGUCGAUAUGUUGCUCUCUUUUGAGUAUCUGGGGAAUAGUUAUGUUGGGACUUUUAGGAGUUUUCUACAAAAUCCACAGUGUGGCUUUAUUUGAGGAUCUCCCUAUAACUUCAGAAGACUGGAAGAAAGACAACUACACAUUGUCUGUGAUUCACGAAAAAUAUGACCAGACAGCUUACAAUUGUUUUGUAGCCGCUGGGAUUUACGUUCUCUGCUUCUUUUUCUCCUGCUGUCAACAGAGGAUGGGAUCAAAAUCCAACUACGAGAUGUCGUAACGGAUUCUUACGGGGGGACUCUCUCAGCAAACAAUCCUAGUCCACUGUGUAUGUGUAGGAACAAUAAUCAGUCUGUAUUUUAAGUGGUUUACAUUAUAUAUCGGUUAAAUCAAACUCUAUGAACUGUGUACUUGAAGUAUUGAACAAAUGGAAAAUCUCUGUUAUGUAAGUCAGGGUCACAGGGGUUAAAAUUGAAUUGUCAUUCCAGAGACUAUACACUGAACACGGCAUUCCAUUGUUUCAUGCCAUGACCUCAUUUUAAAUGUAUACUUUUGACAAUUAUUUAUUGAAAUUGUAUUGCGUAAACCACGACCUUUUUUUCAUGAAAUGAUGGUUCCAAAAUAAAUGUCCCAAAUACAUGUUCAAAUUUUAGUGGUAGCAGUAUAGUCUGUACAUAUUUCUGUUGUAAUCAAGAUGUUAAAAAGUUUGUAAAUAUUACUGGGUGAACAAUUGUGUGGUGAUUAUUUCCUAUGUACAUGUUACAAAUGACUUUGUGAUCUAGAUGUAAAUGAUGAUAAAUUAGUGCAAGUGGUGUUAAAAUAUGAAAUAAUAAAAAUAUUAUUCAGAGGAA